AUGAUUGCCUUGAUUUUAUUUCGAAAAGAACAGCAACAAACCAAGAGAUCAAAAACAAACCUAAUGAUCACAAUUACACCCCCUGUUACCGGUAUACCUUCAAUGGCGUCUUCUCCAACUUCAUCAAUUCACAAGAGCUUUAAGUAUGAUGUGUUUUUGAGUUUCAGAGGUGAAGACACUCGUACAAACUUCGUAGAUCAUCUGUAUCAUGCUCUUCAGCAGAAACGCAUUCACACUUAUAAAGACAACAAAAAAAUCAAAAAAGGAAAAAAGAUCAGUGAUGAGCUCAUCGGAUCAAUUGAAGACUCAAAAUUCUACAUCAUUGUUUUCUCCAAGAACUAUACCUCUUCAUCUUGGUGCUUGGAUGAACUUGUGAAGAUAAUGGAAUGUCACAGAACAACCGAGCAUACUGCCUACCCUGUUUUCUAUGAUGUGGAACCUUCUGAAGUCCGCAAACAAAGUCGGGCAAUUAAAGAAGCCUUUGCAGAACAUGGAAAGGAAGAGGCUACUGGGAAAUGGAGAGAGGCUCUAAAAGAAGCAGCGGAUUUGGCUGGGUGGGAGUUAAAGAAUACUGCUAAUGGGCAUGAAGCUAAAUUCAUCCAAAAAAUUGUUGAAGAACUUUUGCUAGAGCUACGUUCCAUUAGUUUCAACAUUGAUGAAAAAUUUGUAGGAAUGGAGACUCGGGUCAAGGAUGUUAUAUCAUCUUUAGGAACUGGUUUUAAUGAUGUUCGCAUGAUUGGGAUCAAGGGAAUGGGAGGUGGUGGGAAGACAACUUUGGCCAGAGCUGUUUUUGAUCAAAUAUCGUUUCAGUUCGAAGGUAAAAGCUUCGUCGAGAAUGUGAGGGAAGCUUCAAAUGCUUCUUUGUCCGGUUUGAAGUCGUUGCAAAAUCAAGUCCUUUCAGAUGUGACAAAUGAUAGAGGCAUCAACAUUAGUAGUGUUUAUGAAGGGGUACACAUAAUGAAGAGGAUGAUGCGUGAUAGGAAGGUUCUUGUUGUUCUAGAUGAUGUGGAUCAUGUAGACCAGCUUGAGGCGUUAGCUGGUGAGCUUAAUUGGUUUAAGCCUGGAAGUAGAAUUAUCAUUACAACAAGAGAUGAGCAAGUGUUGGUAGCACACAGAGUCAAGUUCAUUCGUGAUGUCACUCUGUUAUCGGAUAAAGAAGCAAUUUGCCUCUUCAGUAGGCAUGCUUUUGGGAGAGAUUUUCCAAUUCAAGGGUACGAAGAGCUAUCUGGACAAGUUGUACGUUAUGCUGCUGGUCUUCCUUUAACAAUCAAAGUUAUGGGUUCGUUUCUUUGUGGUAAAAAUGAGCCUGAAUGGGUAGAUGCACUGAAAAGACUAAAAAAGAUUCCAUUAGCAGAAACUAUGAUGAAAUUGGAAUUAAGCUAUAUCGGUCUAGAGGAGGAUUACAAGGAAAUAUUCCUAGAUGUUGCAUGCAUCCUGAAAGGUUGGCAGAAAGACAAUGCAAUUAAAGCGCUUGAAAGCUGUGGAUUUCAUGCUAGAAAUGGUUUAAAAGUUCUUGAGCAAAAAUCUCUCAUAACUAUUGAUGGUCAUUCUAAUUAUAAAUGGGUGAACAUGCAUGACCAUAUUGAAGAAAUGGGCAGGAAUAUUGUUCGUCGGCUGCACCCUCAUAAGCCUCACAAACAUAGCCGAUUGUGGAUUAACGAAGAAGUUGAAGAUAUAUUGGCUAAUGAAUUGGGUACUAAAGCAACAAGAUGUCUACAAUUUUACACAGAGAAGCUCAAUCCACAUACUGUUUUAAAAGGUCUUGGAAAGAUGAAGGAACUUAGACUUCUUUCUGUGGUUCUUGGAGAUUGUUUCCGUAAUUUGGAAUUUAAUAUAGUUAGCCCAGACUUUCCAGAUGCUUUACGAUAUCUGCGUUUGAACUAUUACCCUUACAAGUCUUUGCCCAAAACCUUUCAAGCAAAUAAUCUUGUUGCAAUUGAGAUGGAUGUCAGCAAAAUCGAACAACUUUGGGAAGGAGGAGAAAAAAAGGUUCUUAACAAGCUCAAAUUCCUUGACCUAAAUCGUUCAAUGUUGAGUACCCUUGACCUUGGUCUUACUCCAAAUCUCGAGAAGUUGAAUCUUGGAGAAUGUUCCAAUUUGGUAGAACUUCAUAUGCCAAUUGGAUGUUUAAAGCUCAUAUCUAUCAACCUUAGAAAUGCAAGGUUGAGAACCCUUGACCUUCGUUUGGCUCCAAAUCUUGAAAAGUUGAUUCUUGUUGAAUGCAAUUAUUUGGAAGAACUCCACAUGCCCCAUAGAUGUCUAAAUCUUGAAUACUUACUACUCUCUAAUUCAAAGUUGAGGACCUUUGACAUUGGGUUGACUCCGAAUCUCAAGUAUUUGGAUCUUAAAAAUAGUUAUUAUUUGGAAGAACUUCACAUGGCCGAUCAAUGUCAAAAGCUCACAAACCUCGACAUUAGUCAUUCAAAGUUGAGGACCCUUGACCUUAGGUUGACUCCAAAUCUCAAUGGGUUAGAUCUAAGUUAUUGUUGUAAAUUGGUAGACCUUCACACCCCCAUUGGAUGUCUAAAAAAGCUUGUCUACGUAGGCUUAAAUGGUUGUUUGAGGUUUAAAUCUUUUUUGUUCAACAAGAAGGAUUGUGCUUGUUAUUGUGUGGAUGAAUCACUUGAGGUUGGUCUUUUAUCUGAGUUGCAUCUAAUUAUGGAGUCGCUAGAAAGAUGUCCAUUUCACCUGUAA